AUGCCUGAAGAACUGAGAGGGAUGUUCUGGGCUCAUAUCGGUAUCUUUGGGGGGCUGGGUAACAUUGAGGCUCUGGGAGAAAGACUAGAAAGAGAUCUCCAAUCAUUAUGCCCAGUCGGCUAUGAGAUAGGCAUAUUUGAAGCCUUUGAUCCUGCAACCCCGCCAUAUACUUCAGCAGCAGCUUUGACCUCAUCUAAUAUUUAUCUGUCCACCUACCCAGUCACGCGCGAAGAAUAUUUGGAGCACGGGUCUUCCAUCUGCCGCCGGCGGUUCGGCGGUCCAGCAUACAAUGUGCAUCCCCCCUCAUCAGUCCUUACCGGCGGUGCUGGAGUCGGAGACGAAGGCGUAGAGGGUGCAGCACUGGACGAAGACGAACAAGAAAUGAGGUACAUCAUGGGACUGGAAAGCAUCAAGGGGCGGAAGACCAAGGGCAAGAAGGGCAAGACUGGGAAAGGAAAAGAAGACGAGGAGGUCAUCAGCGGGAAUUGGGGUGGAAGGCGGCGAAGGACGAUGGGGGGCAUGUAG